AUGGCGGGUUCCAGGCCAGCAGCUGGGUCUUCUAUGGGGUUUUUGAGCCAUGAUGGCCAAGACAAGGAAGCUCGUGGCAAGGAAACAGAUGACAGACAAGCGGAUGAGCCGGAGGUGACCUUCUACACGCACGGCCUGUGUCCGUACGCGCAGCGAGUGGCGAUCACGCUGGAGGCCAAGGCUGCGGAUGUGAGCGGCCAAGUGGUCACAGAGAGCAUUGACAUCUGCAGGUUUCUGGACGAGCGCUAUCCCAAAGUGCCUCUGGUGCCAUCAGAGGCGCAGAGCAGCAGAGCCAUGGACCGCCUUGUCAGCAAGGCCGACUCUAUCAUUCAUGCUGGCCUUGCAAUGGUGGCAGGGUCUGAGCGCCUCAAUGGUUGCUGGGGCCUAGCAAUGGUGGCAGGGUCUGAGCGCUUGUGGGCCAUUGACACCAAGAGGGGCAGCAGAGGAGGGGGGAAUGCGAGGGUACAAGGAGAGUGGAUCAAAGCUCUAGACUCACUGCAAGAGGCUGUGCGCCAAUCACAGGGGCCAUUCUUGACGGGUGCAGACCUCUCUCUGGCUGAUGUGGUGCUCUUCCCCUUCCUCGCUCGCUUCCAGCUAGUGGCAGAGGGAAUACGAGGCGAACCCUUCUCUCCUGACCACCCACUCGUCACCCAAUGGAUGGCCGCCAUGUGGCAGCAGCCAUCUGCCAGGCGCACGUUUCCUGACAGGGACCGGUUCCUGCUGGCGCUGAAGCAGUAUGCCAGCCUUGAUUACUUUGAUUUCCACUCCACUUCACUGGAAGACCCAGUUCCCAAGUACUGGGUGUAG